CCACCAAGAACCACUGAUCUAAAACAUGCAGGACAGGGGUUCCCUGAGGACUAGGAUUGGGAACCCCUGCAUUAAGUCAUGUUUACACUUUCACUUAAAACAUUUGCCUUGGAAUGUAUGUAACUUAAUUGGAAUGUCAAUUGAUUGCUUUUCAAUUGACUUCAUUAGAGAGCAUUAGAUUUGGCUCCAAUUUAAGUAGAGAGCAGAUUAGCUAGCCAGACAGUAUUGUGUGCCUUCAGUGGAAUGUAUUGCAUGAAUAAGAUUCAUUUGACUUAAAAAACUGUCUUAAAAAAAAGAAAUCUCUUCCAUCCCCAUAUUGCAGAACAUUCACACCUGUCCCUGAACAAUGCACCAUACAUGCAACCCCCACAUUCCAAAACAUUUACACUUUUCCCUGAACAACCAUCCUACAAAGCAUUCCACAAACAGUAUUUGCCUUGUGCAACAAGCAGAGAUUUGGGCAAACAUCAAAGUCCACAUUUUUUUAAUUAUUUUUUGAGCUGACCAUCAGACCGUACACAUCAUACAUACAGCCCCCUGCUCCUCAUCAGACCUCUCCUCCCCCUCUCCUCAGCUCUAUCCUCCCCCUGGCCCUUCCUACUGAACACCGGCAGAGACAGAGUGCAUGCCUGCAGACGAGCAUGCAGAGACAGAGAGCACAAUAUGACUGGCUGAGAGGCGAACGUUGAAAAGGAGGAGGAAAAAAAAGGAGAGUGAGAGACCGAGAAGAGGUAGACAUUCAUCGCUCCAUCCUGGCAAGUGUGCAGAGUCGUGAAGCCACUGAAGCACAGGGAAGGGGGUGGGGGGGGAUCUCAGGCUUGUGAUGCAGCCUCAGAGCAGGAGCAUGGCGUUAGCAGGGAGCAUCACAGCACACAGCCUCGAGGGAUGACACACCACGGAGCGACUGCAGCGCGGGCGGCUUGCUCUACUUCACAUGCACACAACACCACAGAGGCAGCAUCGCCCAAGAAUUUGCCACGAUAAGAAUUUCACAAACGAGUAACAUUCCACCCAAAGGAUGGCUCCCUCUCUCACCCUCGGCAUGAGAUCUGGAGGACAUAUCAGUUGCUAGCACAGUAAGGGAGGAACCGAGAGGGGCGUGGCAGAGGGAGGAAGCAGAUGUUUGCCAGGAGAUGCCCGCAACACGGGUAGUGUGACCGGUUUAUAGGCACAGUGGGAGGGGGUAAGGCUAUAAACAUGACAGAACCGCUUCCUUUUGAAGAGUAGCAACGACAACAGUCAACGAGUACAGGAGUCAAACUAACGACAGGGCUAAUGAAAACCCAUCUACCUUCUGGCAAGUCCUAAUGGUUCAGGGGAAGAUCACACCAACGUUACUCAGGAAGCCCAGCACAAGAGACUUUAUUUCACACCAUUCUGUCAUCUGGAAUCAGGGUUUGGUAGCAGGCGGCAAACUCGACUGUCACCAUGCAGUGGAGGCGGCGCCACUGUUGCACACACAUCGCUGGCUUGCUGUCUCUCCUCUCACUCCUGGGGGUUCUGCUCAUCCUGGGUCAUCAGGAUCUGCUGACUGGUUCCAUGUGGUGGAAAAACUACCCUGUGGUGGACUCGGAAGGCAGGGGACCCCACACCAGUGCCAGAGGAAACCACAGCUCCAAACAGAAUCUGUGGAGGGGUGUUCUGGAACCGCCUGCGGGCCCAAAGGCUGGCACCAGUUCCAGCCUCCAUCAGGAGGACUUCUCUCCUCAGGGGGUGACAGGACCAGACAACAAUGCUAGCAGCAGAGAACGAGCUCUGGGAGACCUGCUGAUCUCUGAGCCCUGUCCUUACAUUAUCAAUGAGCCCGAGAAGUGCCCAGAUGGACAGCCGGACCCCUUCCUCGUGCUGCUGAUAGCUACGGAGAUCCAGCAGGUUGAGGCCCGAGAUGCCAUCCGGCACACCUGGGGGAACCAGAGCGUGGCUCCAGGGCUGGGCAUCGUAUGCCUGUUCCUGCUGGGGGUACGAGAAGGAGAGCUGGGCCGCCAGCUGCAGAGCCGCCUGGAGGCAGAGAGCCGGCAGCACCACGACAUCAUCCAGCAGGACUUCUUGGACACCUAUAACAACCUGACCAUCAAGACCCUCAUGGGAAUGCACUGGGUUGCCACACACUGUCCACACGCCAGCUACAUCAUGAAGACUGACAGCGACAUGUUUGUCAACACAGACUAUCUCAUCCACAAGCUGCUGCGACCAGAGCUGAAGCCCAAGAAGAGUUACUUCACGGGCUACCUCAUGAGGGGCUUUGCGCCCAACCGUAACAACAACAGCAAGUGGUACAUGUCCCCCGAGCUCUACCCUAGCAAGAAGUACCCCACCUUCUGCUCAGGCACAGGGUACGUUUUCUCAGGGGACUUGGCAGGGCGGAUUUACAGGGUGUCGAGGGGAAUCCGACGUCUGCACCUCGAGGACGUCUACGUGGGGGUCUGCCUGGCCAAGCUGCGGGUUGAGCCCACGCCGCCGCCCAACGAGUUCCUGUUCAACCACUGGCGGGUGUCCUACUCCAGUUGCAAGUACAGCCACCUCAUCACUUCGCACCAGUUCCAACCCAGUGAACUGCUGAAGUACUGGCACCACUUGCAGAACAACAAACACAACGCUUGCAUCAACUCAUCGAAUGACAAGCUGGGCAGGUUACGUAAGAGUCCACCUCAGGGCGAAAAGCUCUCUAAACUUUAGACAACAGGACAAUGUGGGGCCCAAGUUUUGGGGGAUAUAAGUGCCAUAGGGGUCUGAACAAGUUAAUAACCCAUUUCAACAUCCACAAGUCUAAAUAAAAAGGUAUUGUUCGAAGCACCAGCUUGGUUCAUGUUAUUUGAAAGCAUGGAGGUCAAUUUAGAAAGAGACUGUCAAAGUAAGAAAUGACAGUGCUGGCUAAAAAAGCAGUGUAACUUUUUGAAAAUGUGAAUAUUUGGUAUACCGUAGCAUCCAAGUUUGUUCCAUGAGUUGAUGUUGUAUGAAAAUACAAUGGAUAUUGUUGAUGUAUUAUUAGGUUAACUUGAUCAGAAAAUUAAGGAUUGGAAUUCAGACCUGAAAAGACAGGAAGUUACCUUUUUCCCCAUCUUUUACACCCUUUUAAACCUCACAUGGUGAGAUGAAAGUCUUUUACACAUCCUGAUUUACAAGUAUGUUGGAGACUCAACAAAUGUUAAAUAUUUUUAGUGUAUCUAUAUUAUUGUACUUCAGCCUUAAACCUGCAUCACAGGUAAAAUAGCACAGUGCUCUACUGCAGUGUUUCUCAACCCUGGUCCUCAAGUACCCCGUCCUGCAUGUUUUAGAUGU